AUGCCCCCAUCCAAGGGCUCAAAUGGCUCCGGUGCGCAGGUGAGCCACCGUCUCCGAAACUUCUUUCGCAUGAACAGCGCCGCCAGCAGUGGAAGCGAAAAGGAAAAGGCCGCCGCCAACAAUGCAUCCCGCACCUCGGCCUCCAACAAUGCUGCUGCCUCCGACAUGCCUGGCCCCAAGCCCUCCCGCCAUACCAAAUUCUUCACCAACACCGUCGGCCGACUCCGCGCCCACACUUCGGCCAGCGAAGGCAAUCAGCUCGAAGAGGCCAUGAGUCCUACUGCUCACGCAAACCCUUACUUUGCCCACCAGGGCCAACCGGGCCUACGGCAUCACAAUGAGGGCUCUGUACCGCCUAGCCCGCCGGACACUCCCGAAUUGAAGGUUAGCGGCCCCGAUGGUAUUCCCGCCGACCAGGCCACGAGCGAGACCAAGGAGGAAUUGGCUCGCCGUCUGCGGAGGGUUGCUAGUGCCCCCAAUGCCCAGGGCUUGUUUGCCAGCGCCGAGUCCAGCUCAGUUCCCGCUCUGCCCAUUGGCAUACCCGCCGCCCAGCGACCUGCAACCGCCGAGCUCGGCAAGGAUCCCCUUGUUGCCGACUCGGAGAGCGGCUCGAUUGGCCUUGCCCAGUCUCGGUCCGAAUCGUCCAAGAGCGACAGCCAUGCCAUUGCCGGCGAGGACGUUCUCUCGGCAUUGCGAGCACCUAGUACUUCCUUGGCUUUCCGGAGGACGUAUAGCUCAAACUCCAUCAAAGUCCGCAACGUCGAGGUUAGUCCUGCCAGUUUUGACAAGAUUAAGCUCAUUGGAAAGGGCGAUGUUGGCAAGGUGUAUCUUGUGAGAGAAAAGAAGAGCAGCAGGCUUUAUGCUAUGAAGGUUUUGAGUAAAAAGGAAAUGAUUAAGCGAAACAAGAUCAAGCGGGCUCUUGCCGAGCAGGAGAUUCUGGCAACCAGCAAUCAUCCCUUCAUCGUCACGCUCUAUCACUCAUUCCAGUCUGACGAGCAUUUAUACUUGUGCAUGGAAUACUGCAGCGGUGGAGAGUUCUUCCGAGCUCUGCAGACUCGCCCUGGGAAGUGCAUUCCCGAAGACGACGCUCGUUUCUAUGCUGCUGAAGUUACAGCUGCACUCGAAUACCUUCAUCUAAUGGGCUUCAUUUACCGCGAUUUAAAACCUGAGAAUAUUCUGCUUCACCAGUCCGGCCACAUUAUGCUCUCAGAUUUCGACCUGUCCAAGCAGUCUGAUCCUGGUGGCAAGCCCACCAUGAUUAUCGGAAAGAACGGUGCCAGGACAGACGCCCUGCCUACGAUUGACACCAGAUCAUGCAUCGCGAAUUUCCGUACAAACUCAUUCGUUGGCACGGAAGAAUACAUUGCUCCCGAGGUCAUUAAGGGUUCCGGGCACACGAGCGCUGUUGACUGGUGGACGCUGGGCAUUCUGAUCUACGAAAUGCUUUACGGCACGACGCCAUUCAAGGGAAAGAAUAGAAACGCUACUUUUGCCAACAUUUUGCGCGAGGAUAUUCCAUUCCCUGACCAUGCAGGGGCGCCUCAAAUCUCAAACCUCUGCAAAUCGUUGAUUCGAAAGCUCCUCAUCAAGGACGAAAACCGGAGAUUAGGAGCUCGGGCUGGCGCAUCCGAUAUCAAGGCACACCCAUUCUUCCGCUCAACUCAAUGGGCUCUCAUCCGUCACAUGAAGCCACCAAUCGUCCCCAAUCCCACCAAGGGAAUCGACACAGUCAACUUCCGAAAUGUCAAAGAGAGCGAAAGUGUGGAUAUGAGUGGAUCAAGACUCAAGGGGGUGCCGCUAGACAGCGGAUUGGCAACUCCAGGAGCCGAGAUAGAGGAUCCCUUCAGCGAGUUCAACAGCGUCACACUACAUCACGAUGGUGAUGACCAUCACCAACACAUUGUUCAUCAUCCUUCUGUCAACCAACAAGUGAGCGCUUCUUCAUAG